CGGGGCCGCGCCAAGAUGGCGGCGCUGGUGUGGCUGCGGGAGGGCGGCGCGGGGCUGGGCCAGGCGCUGGGGCGGCGGGCGCUGCGGGGACUGCGGCGGCGGCCCGUGGAGGUGCUGCCCCCGCGCGCCGAGCCCGGCCGCCCCCCGCCGCCGCCGCCCCGCGCCCCCCCACCCCCACCCCCGCCGCCGCGAGAGCAGGGACCGGCGCUGGGGCUGCGCUUCGAGACGGCCCGGGCCGGCGACCGCCGCCUUGCGAGGGUGGUGGUCGUGGCCAAGUCGCGGAAGUUCCGGGAGCAGCACGGCAAGAUCCUGCUGGAGGGCCACCGGCUGAUCAGGGACGCGCUGGAGGCUGGCGCGGAGCUGCAGACUCUCUUCUUCAGCUCCCUGCGGAUGAAGGAGCUGAAGGAGCUGCCCGAGGCGGCGCUGAAAGGAGCCAGCUUGGUCAAGGUGAAGUUCAAGGACAUCAAGCUGUGGUCGGACCUCGUCGCCCCGCAGGGGCUAGUAGGAAUCUUCUCCAAGCCGGACUGCACCAAGAUGGAUUAUCCGGCCAUCCAGCUAAGGAAUUCGUUGCCCCUUAGCCUUAUCUGUGACAACAUCCGUGACCCAGGAAACCUAGGGACUAUCCUGAGGUCUGCGGCUGGGGCGGGCUGCAGCAAAGUGCUGCUCACCAAAGGCUGCGUGGACCCUUGGGAGCCUAAAGUGCUUCGUGCCGGCAUGGGCGCUCACUUCCGCGUGCCUGUCAUCGCCAAUCUGGAGUGGGAGUCUGUUCCCGGCAACCUGCCCCCUGACACCUGCAUCCACGUGGCUGGCAACCAGGACCCAAGUGCCCAGGACGAACCGGAGCACGCCUCGGGCAAGGCCAGCAGCUACGGCUGGAUCUCUCGCCCGCGCAACCUGAAGGCGCAGGCUGGCAGAGGGCGCUUGCCUUUGGACUCUAACAGCGAGGAGGACAAGGAAGCAGAAGCCAGGGACCAAAACCCAGAGCUCGCUGCACAGAGCUAUUGUGAGAGCUGGACCCGGGGGCCCGUGGCAGUGGUGAUCGGUGGGGAAACACAGGGCUUGAGCCUGGAAGCACUGCAGCUGGCAGAGAGCACAGGGGGCAGGAGACUCAUCAUCCCGGUGGUGCCUGGCAUGGACAGCCUCAACUCGGCCAUGGCUGCCAGCAUCAUCCUGUUCGAAGGCAAGAGGCAGCUGCAGCUGCAGCAGCCAGAAAGCACGAGACAGACGUUCCCGGCAUCAGGCUAGUACCCAAGGAGACUGCGGCGCACUUCCAGGACCCCACUCUGUAUGUUCACGUGUGCGGGGUUAGCAUAGAGCUGAAUAAAACCAGGGUUGGGGCA